AUGAAUACUCCACUCAACUCUUGCACUUUAGUCUUAUUCUCAAUUGUUGCCAUUCUCUUUUUGUUGAACAAUUCACAUGCUACUGUGGUUGCAACAAGCCAACAACAACAAGUUGCAACUCCUUGCACACCAGUGGAUAAGGACUAUAAAUUUUCAUGGAGCAAUGAGUAUGCCAUUGCAUUGGAAUGUCAAGUAGGUCCAGACUAUAAUCAAUUCAAAAUGAAUUAUUCAAGCUCUGGCUAUGGAGCUUCUGUUUACUUUUUAACAGAACCUCAAUAUAAUGACUUUGUUGAAAAAGUUAAAGCCAACCCUGCCUAUGUUCCACCUUCCAUUGCAGAAUACAUGUUCUACUUUUACUUCCCAAACAGUGGCUACCUAUCAUCAAAGGGUAAUAUAGUCACUCUACCAAGAACCGACUUGGGUAAGAUUAGAGUUCUCGUCAAGAGAAAUCCAUCCUAUGAAGGUGCCACAGCAAGAGUUUUUAUUGAUUUGACCAUCAUUCCUCAACAAGAUAAUACUGCAGCAAUUGUGAUUGCUGUUGCAUCUGUUGGAGGUAUUAUUGGAGUUUUGUGUUGUGUUGGAUGUUGUGCUGGAUUGAUUUUCUUUGUACUCAGAAGAAGAAAGGCUUCCUAUCAACAAGUUGUCUAA